AUGACCAACUAUACUCUUCUUGCUUUUCCAAAUCUUCUACCACCGGAUCCAUCGCUUUGUGUCGCUGCCGAACAGCUCAAUCUCUGGACACUAUAUUUAAUUCAGAAUAACAUCAAAGUGGUGAUCAGUUUUGUGUCAAUGAUUUUGAUCAUACGCUUUUCUCUUAAUGGAAAAUUUCGAAUCCACGAUGAGAGUCAUAGAUUGAUCACUUUCAAAAUCUUGAUCCUUUUCGUGUACGCUUUGAAUAACUUUGUCACUCAUGGACAACUGUUGUUGCUGCGGCUUCUGCACGGAGAUCAACCAUGCUCUCUCGUUUUAUCGGCUUUCUAUUGUUUACCGUUGAAAAUUAUAUGGAUGUGCGUCUCGACAGGUCUCUCCACGACUCUUUUCAUGAUUCUUCUUGAGCGAGCAUUUGUCAUUCUCUCGCAACAACCCUAUCCACGUGGCGUCUGGUUCCUGAUUUUUGCCGAAAUUUGCGCAAUGGUUACUUUAACAUGUUGGGCUCUGUCAACCGAGCUUGUCUACGAUUUUCAAGUGUUGCAUUGCUUGGAGGAUACACCAACGAUUAUUCCAAUGAUGAACGUGCUUUCGUCAUUCUUAAUCGUUAUUGACACAACUACUCUCAUUUCAGCUAUUUUAUUAGUUUUUUAUUGUCGUUGGAGGGUAAAGAAAAGAGUUAUCACAUCACUGCACUACUCGUAUUCAUUACGAUACUCGGAAAUGGUGCUACAGGCUUUCUUACCGAUCAUCAUCUUUCACACUUGCAUGAUCUAUGUUUUCAACGUUCUCGGCAUCAUUCAACGAUCAUUUAUCUCACAAAUCGAUUACGUCACACGCAAAAGCUUGCAAGGACUUUUCAAUGUUUUACCCUACUAUGCUCUCGUUUGUCCGAUUCUUUAUGUGUGGGUGCUGGGAAAGUUGAGGAAAAGACGAGAGCACGAGUUCUCAAGCGUUCAAAAGCCAAAGUUGAAAGGGAAAAUCGUGCCGCUUGCCGAAAUUUAUCACGAGAAUUUACGAAUUUUGUGGACAAAAGGCGAA